AUGAGUGCUGAACAAGUUAACGACGUUACAGAAGGCGUCAAGGCUCUUGUCCUUGACCCUGUUACUGGGGAACAUGUUUCUAAAACCGAGUUGAAGAAGAGGGAAAAAGUUCGUUCUCGUGAGUUAGCUAAAGCUAAGAAGCAAGCUGAGAAAGCUGCUACUGCUCCCCCUGAGGUUAAGAGUGCUAAAAAGAAUGAAGAAGAAUUGGAUCCUUCCCAAUAUUUUGAAAACCGUUCUCGUACUAUCAAAGAAUUGCGCCAAACUAAGGAACCAAACCCCUAUCCUCACAAAUUUCAAGUUGGUACUAAGCUUCCCGAAUUCAUCAAAGAGUAUGAGGGUCUGCAACGUGGUGAAAUCAAGCCUGAUGUUGAAGUAACCGUUGCUGGUCGUGUCCACGGCCUUCGUACCGCUGGUGCCAAACUUCGUUUUUACGAAAUUCAUGCUGAUGCCUACAAGCUCCAAAUUAUGUGCCAAGCUCAGGAUGCUGAUCGUGUUGAUUAUGCCGCUCAACACGAACACAUCCGUCGUGGUGACAUUAUUGGUAUUCGCGGUUAUCCUGGCCGUUCUAACCCCAAGGGCCGUGCUGAUGGUGAACUUUCCGUUUUCGCUCGUGAAUGUGUUUUGCUCAGCCCUUGUUUGCGUAUGCUUCCCAAGGAGCACUAUGGAUUGAAGGACUUGGAAACCCGUUACCGUCAACGUUAUUUGGAUUUGAUUAUGAACCGCUCUACUCGUGACCGGUUUGUCACUCGUAGCCGCAUCAUCCAAUACAUGCGUAACUUCUUGGACAAGCGUGACUUUAUUGAGGUUGAGACUCCCAUGAUGAACAUGAUUGCUGGUGGUGCUACAGCUAAGCCCUUCGUCACUCAUCACAACGAUUUGAACAUGGACUUGUUCAUGCGUAUUGCUCCUGAAUUGUACUUAAAGAUGCUUGUCGUUGGUGGAUUGGAUCGUGUCUACGAAAUUGGACGUCAAUUCCGUAACGAAGGUGCUGACUUGACUCAUAACCCAGAGUUCACUACUUGCGAGUUCUAUGAGGCUUAUGCUGACUAUUAUGAUCUUAUGGAGACCACCGAGGAGAUGGUUUCCGGCAUGGUAAAGGAUGUCUGCGGUUCUUACAAGAUUCCUUAUCAUCCUGAAGGCCCUGAAGGUCCUUGCUGGGAACUCGACUUUUCUCGUCCCUGGCGCCGUAUCAACAUGAUUGAGCACUUGGAGCAGCGCCUCAACGUUAAGUUUCCUUCUGGUGAUUUUCUUCACUCCGAUGAAGCUAAUGCCUUUUUGAGAGACCUUUGCGCUAAGCAUAACGUUGAGUGCUCUCCCCCUCAAACCAACUCUCGUCUCCUUGACAAGUUGGUUGGUGAAUUUAUUGAGAACGAGUGCAUUAAUCCUACUUUCAUCAUUGGACAUCCCCAAAUGAUGUCUCCUUUGGCUAAGUACCAUCGCUCUGAGGCCGGUUUGUGUGAACGUUUUGAGGCCUUCGUCGCCACAAAGGAGAUUUGCAAUGCCUAUACCGAGUUGAAUGACAUUUUUGACCAACGUGAACGUUUUGAAGAGCAAGCUCGUCAAAAGGACCAAGGUGACGACGAAGCUCAAAUCAUUGACGAAAACUUCUGUACAGCACUUGAGUUCGGUUUGCCUCCUACUGGUGGUUGGGGUAUUGGUAUUGAUCGUUUGGUCAUGUUCUUAACUGACAGCAACACCAUUCGUGAAGUCUUGUUCUUCCCUCACAUGAAGCCUGAAGUUAAGGCAGAAGAACCUACUAUUGUCAAAUAA